GAGCAGACAACGCACGCGCAGUGGGAGCAGAGAAGGGCAGCGUGAAGCGAGGCAAACGAAAAGGAGAGUUAGGUAAUAGGAUUAGUGGAGGAAGAGCAAGGACAGGGAAGCAGGCAGAGUGAGAGGCGGGACACACCUGACUGAAUCAGGGAGGGCGGCCUCUCUGCAGACAGACGCGCACUCAGUGCUAGCAAGCAGGCGAAGGCAGUUAGCCAGCAGAGAGCCUGCCAGCAGCCAUGACAGACACUGACAGUAACUGUGUGAAGAUGCUGGACCUCGGAGUGGUUCCUCACAUCCUGACAUUGUUGGAGCAGCACGUAGAUGAAGGAGACGUAUCUGUUCAACAUGCUGGACUAAGCGCACUCAGAAACCUUGCCAUUCCUGCCACCAACAAAGUGCGAAUGCUGGAGGACGGGGUGACUGACAGAAUAAAGACGCUGCUGCGCUCGGACAUGCCCCCAGUUCAGUUCAAACUGCUGGGCACUCUGCGUAUGAUGGUGGACGGACACGAGGAAGCUGCGUUAGUGCUGGGGAGAGACGCUGACCUACUCGAUCGGAUCAUGGAGUGGUGCGAAGCCAAGGAUCAUGCAGGAGUCAGAGGAGAAGCCAGUCGCCUGCUGGCUGCUCUCAUCAGACAUAGUCAGAACUCUGAAGUUGUCCGUGAGGUAGCCAGAGCCAAUGGAAUUCGGCAUCUUAUUUCUAUGGCAUCAAGUGAACAUGUCAUCAUGCAGAAUGAAGCCCUGGUUGCCCUGGCAAUUGCAAGUGCCAUUGACAUUGAGUCUAUGAAGGAUCCAUUUGGGGAGGCAGACCUGUUACCCAUGCUGAAGAAGAUGUUGGAGGAUCCUGUGGGAGCGGUCGAGGUCAAGUUCAGUGCUUUAGGUCUCAUUUGCAGCCUGGCUAACUCCAGUGUCAUGAAGGAGGCGUUGAACUCUGUGAAUAUGAAGGAAAGCAUCAGUAAACUCACAGAUCAUAGCAGCAGUAAACUUGCCUCACAGGCCAGCUCCAUACUGACCCUCCUGGGUGACACCAGCUAAACCUGCAGCAACAGGGGACCCAUCAGCUGUAUGGAUUCAUCGAGCUUAUUCAGUGGCAUACUUAAACGACAGAUAUUUUACUGCACAAAUAUUGCAAAGUAUUGAACUGGCUUCUUGUCACCUGUUCUGUAAAAAUGAAGGGCCCUUUUUAGUCCCGGUGUGUGCAUGUGUGGCAGGCAACAGAUUAUAGGAGUAUUUGAGUUACGUGUUUGAUUUGCUCAACAUUAUCUUUACACUGCACAAUUCAGACAUCAUCUAAGCUCAUUUAUUUAGGUUUUCCUGUGAGUAGUAAUGAGACAUUUAUGAAUCAGAUGGUCUGCAAUGAGUAUGUAUGUGGGGCUCAAAGGUAACGACUGAAUGAAUAGCCACAGAAAAAGUAUCCAGUCUCAGGCAGUCAUGUACCAUGACUAGCAACAUCGUAGACAUUUCACAAAGAUAGCAAAAAGAAAGGGUAAGAGGGCAGGUGAAGUUAACUGGAGAACACAUGUUAGGUGCACCGAGUUUUACAGUAUUCUGGACCAAAGUGGGUGGAUGGAGAAAUUUACUGAGAGCCACCUGAUGGAGGCGCAUGUGCACAGGUGUGGAGGGCACACAAAAGUUACGAAUAAAACCUCAGUGCUAAUAUCUGUAACUCCAGUACCCGGUCAUUGGCAAAGAUUUUAUUAUAAUAUAUGUUAAUGUUAUAUAAAGUGUUAUUGAAUAUCACUGAAUGCGAGCACCACAGUGGUGCAGUGGAAGCUCUUUCUGCGUUGCGAUUCCAGGCUUGUAAUCUAAUCCAAGUGCUGCACAGGAAGUAGGAUGUCAGUAAACGGUACCAAUAAUUUAAGAACAAUUGAAAUACUCGGGGGGGGGGGCACUCUGGACAGGUCCCCAGCCUGACGUAGAGAUAAGUAAUAAUGUAGAAAUGAUCAUAUUAAAUGCACUGGGGAAAAUGGGACAAACUGGAACUAGUCUGAAGCCGAGAAAGCUGAUGAGAAGAGGAAUGUGUUUGGGUGAACACAAACCAAGCAUUUAUAAUUCUCAAAAUUAAUGUUCUAAUUACAAGAAAAAGAUGAAGAGCUGCCGACAGUGCUGGUUAGGGCGGGAACAUGCUCAGACUGAGGAAAUGCACCAGUGAGUAUUUGUGCUAUUGAGGCCUUGACAGCCUCCUGAUAUUUGUUAAAAUUUCAUAAGACACUGCAAGCUCUCCUGCACUGAGUGCCCUUCAUUUAAGGCGGUAUGACCUCAAAGGACAGCAGUGCAGACAGCGUUAAACCAAUGUAGAGAGAGAGCCUCACACUUCAGCACAUAUUCUGCAAAUGGGCCAAGCCAGCUGAUCACAAACGAGAGUGCAGCAUGGUCACGACUCUUACUUCAGCAACAUUGAUUUUAAAAGGCUGGCAUGUGGUGAGAGAAAGUAGCAUCCUCAGCGUUGCAUGUACACACAGAUUUGACAAGUAAAAGAACCAAAUGAAGUGUCUCAGCUUGUAUGACCGACGCACGUGCUGGUGAGCCGAUACUAAAGGGGAACAAUCAUAAAAUCACCAAGAAUGAAAAUAUUAGUCAGGUAAACGUUUCAGUGAGAAAGCCAAGAAAACCUUUGCUGGGCUCUAGCAGCUUGUGAACAGGGAAUGGUAAUUCCUCAACAGGUUGACCAGCCAGCUUUGCAAAGUAUGGAGAGAGAACCCUGCUGUUAGAUAACUGCCACUUCUAAUGUGGCCAUCGGUCAUGUGCGUAGUUGUCUGUCUCUGUGUGACUGGUGACCUGUUCAGGGUGUACCCCGCUUCUCAACAUAUGUGGGAUAAGCUCUCACCCACCACGGCCCUAAAUUGGAUAAGCAUUAGAAAAUGGAUGGAUCGGAUGUUAUUGAAUAUGCAGCCACAAUAGUUCACCAAACAAACGGACCUUUUUCUCAAUAUCCCAAAGGUGAAGAAGUGACGUGUUUGGAUCACUGAUUAAAAGAAACUUUGACGAUAUCACGGUGAUAUGAAGUGUGAUGAUUCUGAAGCAAUAUCGUUUGACCUAAAGUAGUUUUAUUUUAAUUACUCCAGUAACAAAACGACCUACUGGAUAAGAUUGUGAUGUACAAGUGAAUGUGCAAUGCUCUGGUUUGUCUGUAUUGUGGCAGGUGAGGUGAUGUUUCUAUUUAUUUUCUGAUAGGUUGCACCUGUUGAAGAUGACACAGUCUACGUUUUAUAAUAAGCCUGUCAGCUACUAUCAAACCAGGCUGUCUGUAAAUCACCAGUGAUAUUCUGAUGAGUGGACUCAAACAUUAAAACUUGCUUUAUGGCAUUUACUCUUCCAAUAAGAACUGCAACAGAUGUGAAGGAUGAACAUACAAAUAACAGCAACAAAGGAAGAGCCUGAGAACAGCCUCUGGCUAUGAGGUGUGUGUGUUUCUGAAAGAUCACAUUUAUCUUCUCAAUAGUUUUAUUUAUACAGCACCAACUGAGAGUUGCCUCAAGGCGCUUUACAUCGUAAGUUAAAGACCCAGAUGAACAUGUCUUGAUGCAUGCGCAAUCAUCGAAGUAAGGAUAGUUGACUGUGUUCCUCUGGACGUAGCACUUUUUGUUAGUCGGAGAAACUCAUCCAGGUGACGUCUUCAGUCUCGGCUGACUGCAGGUUUCCCCAAUAAAAAUAAACAGUAACAUUUGUGUAAUGACUGAAACCAGUACCACUGAUGAACGAUGGGCUGUGAGGUCAGUUUCUCGAUCAUUGAUCAACAACCACUCAUCGACGACCACCAUUCACAGAGAGUUGGGGAAUGUCUGCAAUCACAGCAUUGUAAGAUGGUGACAGAUGUCUGUGAAGGUUCUCAGGUCAUCCAGGUUAUCGUAGUCUAGGGCGCUUGGGAAGAAAAACGUCUGGACUUCUUUAAGUUUCUUGAAGAUGAAGUCCAGAUGCUUUUCUUUCCAAGCUCCUUAUAGGGACACAUGUACCCUUGAUGGUCUUUCCCUUUUCACACAAAUGUCCUCCUUGAUUCCUCGCUCAAACCAGCGCUCCUCCCUGUCCACUUCCCGGUCCUCGUGGUCUUUGAUGACCAUGGCAAAACUAUACCAGGACAUUUGAUGUUGGUUUUUCUUUGGAUUUUGUUUGUGUUAUGUCACAGUGCUGGCCGAAGCACUUAACAUAUUUAGGAUUGCAGUCGUGUUGUCUGACUUAUAGAAAAGCUCUACGAUUGAAGACUUCCUAGUGGUCAUGUCAUGUUUUUGUAACUAGAAAAAUUAGAAUAGAAAAAGGUAGCAUAAAGACUUUCCCAGAGCACGAUGGGAACGCCCGAUCAGCAACACAGCUCAUGCUAAUACCGCUCAGUGUUACAGAAACAUUUAUAUAUAGUUAAAUAAAAGAUCCAAAUCAUUUUAUUUCAAAUGGAUGCAUUUGUAGAAUAAAAAAAAUACACAACAAAUGAACUGCCUGUUGGACAAAGUCACUGUUCUGCAUUCUUGUAGGGUCUACCUUACAAUAUAAAGUACCUUGAGGCGACUGUUGUUGUGAUUUGGCGCUGUCUAAAUGAAUUUACUCUCAUCCAUGUUUUGAAUUUUACAGAUUACUCAACAGACUAAUGGGGCUCGAGCAUAACAGCAAUAUCCAUACCUACAAUCCAUUUUAAAGGAAGCACAAUGUGAAGAAGAUAUUCAAUACACUGCACUUUUUAACAUUUGUAUAUAAACUAAAUCAUUCUUAUGUAGUAGCAACACUUUUUCAGUGUGCAUCUGUAGCUGGAUCAUUUUGGGGAGUGGCUAGCAUGUGUGUUCUGUACAACAUAAAGUGAAUAAUGUGCUGAUGGGCGUGAAGCACACUUUUGCUGUGAUGUUUAAUGUAAUAUUUGUGUGAAAGUAUGUUCUGGAUGUAACUACAAAUCACUCAACAUGCGUGAACAGAUCUGUAUUUAUAGGGAGGGCAUUUUUUUGGCCUUUUAGAAGCUUUGUUCUAGAGUGAAAACAAUAAAGUUAUACAGUGUCUUCCUCUA